AUGCUAAGAACCAUCUCUAUCAACCGGACUCCUCUGAGGUCCCUCUUCCAAAACCGAGUUCCUCAUUGUUCAUUCCCGAACCAAACCCCAUCACCGCCAUCCACCUCUUCCAGUUUGUUCUCCUAUUCUCUUUACUCAACGUCAUCAAAGCAAGUGAAGGAGGACAGAAAUGAGGUCGUUUCGCUUUUGAACAGAGAUCCAAAUGCCCCUCCAAGGCUAUUUGUGGUCCAGCCCCGGCUUCGUCCUGAUUCUAUCUUGCAGGCCAAGCUCAAUGAAGCUCUCAGCCUCGCCAACUCUCUUGAAGAACAGCGAGAUGGAUCAUUUGGUAACAAUUUGUGCGAUAAGGAAACACCACCACACGUUGUUGUUCAAAACCCACUAGCAAGGCACCAAACUCGUGCAGAUACAUAUUUUGGAAAAGGAACUUUGGAAGCUGUUAAGUGUUAUCUGAAUGCUGCGGAAGAGAAGGGUGAAGUGGAUGCUAUUUUUGUGAAUACAACUCUGUCUGGAAUUCAACAGAGGAACUUGGAGAGAUUGCUGGGAAAACCAGUCUUGGACCGUGUGGGUCUUAUAAUAGAGAUUUUCAAUGCUCAUGCCUGCACAAAGGAGGGAAAGCUGCAGGCCGAGUUAGCUGCACUGAUGUAUAAGAAAUCAAGACUUAUACGAAUGCGUGGCCCAGGUGGACGCUUAGGUUUUGGAAUGAGCGGAGAAGCCGAAAUUGUUAGCGCGCGAGGGAGAGGAAGUGCUGGAGCUGGAUUCAUUAGUGGUGCAGGAGAAUCUGAACUUCAACUUCAAAGACGAAGAAUUAUGGAAAGGAGGAGUAGUCUGCUAGAACAGAUUAAGGAUGUUCGUCGUACUCGAGCUGUGCAACGCGCUUCUCGCAAGAGGCAUGGAAGCUCUGGUCAAGGUUUAGUUACCGUUGCUGUUGUGGGGUAUACAAAUGCUGGGAAAUCCACAUUGGUCAGUGCCCUUUCUCAUAGUGAUCUCUACAGUGAUUCUCGAUUGUUUGCAACAGUUGAUCCUAGAUUGAGAAGUGUACGUCUUCCUUCAGGGAAGAAAGUGCUUGUUAGCGAUACAGUAGGAUUUAUUUCAGAUUUGCCAGUGCAGUUAGUGGAAGCAUUUCAUGCGACUUUAGAAGAAGUUGCAGAGGCUGAUCUGCUUGUGCAUGUGUUGGAUUGCACUGCUCCUAAUCUUGAGGAGCACCGAUCAACUGUAUUACAUGUCCUUGAGCAAAUUGGCGUAUCCAGGGAGAAGCUUGAGAAUAUGAUUGAAGUUUGGAAUAAGAUUGACAAUGAGGGAGAGGAUGGGGGAAUGGAUGUUAAGGAAUCUCUUGAGGAUGGUGAAGAUGGUGAGGUGAGCAGCCUUUCAGGAGAAGAUAACUAUGUGGAAUCUGAGCUAUCACCAGGAGAAGCAAACUAUAAGGCUGAUGAUCCUUUGUCUGAGAUGUCAGCGGAGAAUCUUGAAGCCAUGGAUGACCAAGAACUCAAUUACCAAUUAGAAGAUAAUCAAGAUCCUUGGGUUGAAGGUGGUUUGGGUGUGGGCUCGAACACUGCUGAUGACCAACAAAGUGAGUACCUUAAGGACUGGGCCGUAGAUAAGGAAUUGCAAUCACAAGUUCCAUCCGGUCCACAUGUUAGAACAUCUGCCAUAACUGGAGUUGGCUUGCAAGAGUUGUUGGAGCUCAUUGACGAGAAACUGAAGGUCCCGAAUGUCGUACAAAAGGGUGUAUUUGAUCGAAAAUGGAGGCCCCCUCGCACAGAGGAGGAGGGUAUAGUAGCUGAACAAUGAUAAAUGCAUGUGAAGAUGUUUGUUCAAUUAUGCUAUCCCUGAAGGACAGGGGUAACCGACAACUAUAGAGCAAUUCUUCAGGAAGCAAUGGUGGUGGCUCAUGGCAGAAUAAAUGUCAACAAAGGACUCUGAAGAUAUUCUAGCAUCCAAGUUUCUUCCAAGUACAUCAGUUUGAACAUUUCGUCAAGCUUUAGCCGUUGGGAGGCUCCUUCCCUUGUGUGUUUGUACCCUAGUAGAAAAUAAAAGCAAUUUUUUUUUUUCUCAAUAGAGAAAAGCAAUUUUGGUUGAAGAAAUGUGGAAUGUGUCUUACACAUCUCUUCUCUUGUAGUUUUGUUUAGUUUUUUUAUACUUUAAUUUUUAAUUAACAUCUUUAUAGCUAUAAUGUUUAAAAAAGGCCACACCCCCUCUUUUUAUA